UGUGACAUCCGGCGGAUGUAAACAAAGAAGCAUGAGCAGAGUUUGCUUCACUGCUGUGUGGACUGAGCUAUAAAACGGCUGUAUUAUAGUAUGAAUGAGAAAUAUCAGAGCGAUAAAGUAACGAUGUGUUCAGUUGAGUAUCUGAGAGAGUUGAUCAGCGACAGACUAGCUGCUGCUGCUGGAGAAAUAUUCUCAGAGUUUGAAAAAACCAUCGUCCAGUACCAGGAGGAGAUCGAUCGUCAGCGCAGACUGCUGGAUGUCAUCUGGAAACCACACAUCCCCUUACAACCCAUAGAGCUCCCACAGUCUUAUGUCUGUGAGAAUGAGAAGACUGUUGUUGACCAUCAGCCCCAUGACCAGGAGAGAAACUCCAUGGUGGACCAUGAGGACCCAGAGCCUCCACGGAUUAAAGACCAGCAGGAGGAACUCUGCACCAGUCAGGACCAAUCAAACCCAGAGAUUUCUCAAAUUAAAAUGGAACAGGAAGAAUUGUGCACCAGUCUGCACCAAUUAGACCCAGGGUUACCACAAAUUAAAGUGGAACAGGAUGAACUCUGCUCCAGUCAGGAGGAAGAGUUAAUUGGAUUGAAACAGGAGACUGAUACCUUUGAGGUGACUCCUGCUGAUGAGGAAAGUGACCACAGUGAACCAAAACCAAACAGUGAUCAGCUCCUGUUUCACAUCUCUUGUGUAGCUCUGAGCCCAGAUCAGGAAGGAAGCAAGGAUGUAGACUCAGGAUCAACUAGAUGUAUCGAGCUGAAACCAAGACAUCAGAGUAACAACAGUCACAGUAAUGAUGUAGACAAUGCUCCAACAUCAGCGAGACAGUGUGAUAAUGACAAGGCAACAAAAUCUGUAACUUGCAAAGUCUGUGGAAAAGCUUUUUGUUGUAAAUCAGAUUUAAUCAAACAUCACAAAACCCACACAGGUGAGAAGCCAUAUUCUUGUGAAACCUGUGGAAAAAGCUUCAGUCAACGGGUCCAUUUGACUGUUCACAUGAGAUGUCACACAGGUGAGAAGCCGUAUGUUUGUGGAACCUGUGAAAAAAGCUUUAGUCAACGGACCUCUUUGACUGACCACAUGAGACUUCACACAGGUGAGAAGCCAUAUUCUUGUGGAACCUGUGGAAAAAGCUUCAGUAAACGGGUCCAUUUGACUGUUCACAUGAGAUGUCACACAGGUGAGAAGCCGUAUGUUUGUGGAACCUGUGAAAAAAGCUUUAGUCAACGGACCUCUUUGACUGACCACAUGAGAUGUCACACAGGUGAGAAGCCAUAUUCUUGUGGAACCUGUGAAAAAAGCUUUAGUCAACGGACCUCUUUGACUGACCACAUGAGAUGUCACACAGGUGAGAAGCCAUAUUCUUGUGGAACCUGUGAAAAAAGCUUCAGUCAACGGACCUCUUUGACUGACCACAUGAGACGUCACACAGGUGAGAAGCCAUAUUCUUGUGGAACCUGUGAAAAAAGCUUUAUUCGACGGACCUCUUUGACUGAACACAUGAGACGUCACACAGGUGAGAAACCAUAUGUUUGUCACAUUUGUGGAAAAAGAUUUUCUGGUUCAUCAGCACAUAAUAGGCACAUGGCAGUUCACAAAAUGGGAAAACCAUAUUCUUGUGGAACCUGUGGUGAAAGCUUUAGUCGACAGGACCAUUUGACUGUCCACUUAAGACGUCACACAGGUGAGAAGCCAUAUUCUUGUGGAACCUGUGGAAAAAGCUUUAAAUAUAGUUAUCAAUUAAAAGCCCACAUGAGAAUCCACACAGCUGAGAAGUCCUGAUCCUGAAACAUCUGUGGAAAACAUAAUGUCAGAAUUAAGGUUGAAACAACAUGUAAGAGUUGGUACAGGUUAAAAGUAGAUGUUUUAGAUUUAAAGCAGCUUUAGUCUGUGGUUCAACAACAACUGUGAGGAAGUAUGUAAGCAAUCCUUGAUGAUUAGACCAGAUGGAGUCUGGACUGUGGUGGUGGAGCAGCAGGCAGAAGAACCAAACUGAAUGUCUGGAUGGAUAUGGUAUUGGUACAGACUGCUACAUUUCUGCUAUCAUGACAUCCUUCAUCAGCAGAGCACUGAUUGGAGAUAUUGUGAAGCUGUUUGGAACAUUUUCACAUCCUGCUGAGAGAACAUGGCUGUUCAGGUGUGAACAUACUACUGGAAUCCACUCAGCUUGAGCUCUGCUGUCUUUCAAGUAAAAGGAGGCAACGAGAUACAGAGACAUUGUGACAGUAGGACACAACAGAGUGUGUCACUGCAGCAGAGGAGAUCUGGACGUGAAAUAAAGUUGUAAUAAAACGUGCAGCUCCAUGACUGCUUCAUGAAAUGUUUUGAAUGUUUUCAAACAGAUGUACAUGUACAUGUUGUUUCAUAAUUAAUGUAACAUUGAAGAGCCCCAGCAAGAAUAACUCUGAGUCAGAUAUCAAAGACAUAACCAACAUUAUUAUGUUUUCAAGCAACAGACACGUGGUUUUACUAGUAGUAGCUGAUACACUCCUGCAAAUGUCAAAACCAGAAAUGUUAAAAACAGGUGAAGCUGUGCUGCAGUUUCUGCUGGUUAGAUAAAGGUCUUAUGCUAUUUAUUUCUUCUAUUGUCACCACAUAGGUCAUCUGUGUGAUUUGUUCGUAGGAUCUCAUUGUGUCGUCAUACAGCACAUUGAACCCUUGUAUUGUCUGAACGUCCUGAACACUCCUCCUGUCCUCAGGGUCAGAAAUGACCUGCCUCCACUGAGCCUCUAAAAUAGAGCAGCUUAAUGGAAUUUUUAACCAAAAAUCUAUUUUACAUGAAGAAACAACCUGUCAUGCAUCACACACUUUGUGAAUGCCUGUUUUUGCUUCCUCAGAGGGUAGAAAGACUGUAUUUAAUCAGUGAACACCAUUCGUUUUUAUACCAUUGUUCAUGCUGUAACUGUUUUCUUUCUAUAAGUAGAGGUUUAUUAUCACUAUUAUUGCUGCUAAAGGUACUGCAUAGAUGUAAACAUUUCUUGUUUUGCAGGAGAUAAUACUUCUAUAGCCUAAUAAAGUACCAGAAAUGUGCAGAAAUGAACUUGAAAUGAAUUUUUGAAGGGAAACAACAGUGUACUGUAUACUGUACAAUGGAAUAUAAAACUACAAAACUCAACUACCA